ACGGCGCGAGCCAGCCCCUCGAGCCGCUGUCGCGGGAGCAGCAGCCCUCAGAGCCGUUCCCUCGCUCGCCCGCCUCAGUCAGUCAGUCAGUUACACACUGAGGAGGGAGGGAGGGAAGGAAGGCGAGGGAGCGGGCGGGAUUAUUAUGGGCUGUGGGUGCUGCUGCUGAGGGCUGAGCAAAAGAGAGAGAAAUAAAUAAGAAAUAAACAAAAAUGGAGCUGUCUGCAGUGGGCGAGCGGGUGUUCGCGGCCGAAUCCAUCAUCAAGCGACGGAUCCGAAAGGGACGCAUCGAAUACCUGGUGAAAUGGAAAGGCUGGGCCAUCAAGUACAGCACUUGGGAACCUGAAGAGAACAUCUUGGAUUCCCGUCUAAUUGCAGCCUUUGAGCAAAAGGAACGUGAGCGUGAGCUGUACGGACCUAAGAAGAGAGGACCCAAGCCCAAAACUUUUCUGCUGAAGGCUCGGGCCCAGGCGGAGGCCCUACAUAUUGGGGAUGUACAUUUUUCUGUCAAGCCUGGUUCUAGCACAUCCUCUCCCAAACUCCACUCCAGUGCUGCAGUGCACCGACUGAAGAAGGACAUCCGGCGAUGUCACCGUAUGUCUCGGCGCCCUUUGCCCCGCCCAGACCCCCAGAAUAGUGGAGUUGGUGGGGGCACUGGCAUCCGCCCUCCUGUCUCUCCCUUUUCAGAAACCGUCCGCAUCAUCAACCGCAAGGUGAAGCCACGUGAGCCCAAGCGCAGUCGCAUUAUUCUCAACCUGAAGGUUAUUGAUAAAGAUGGGAAAGUGGGAAGCAGGGGAGGAAGUUUGGCUCGAUCCAAGAUACCUUCACGAAACCGUGUCAUUGGCAAGAGCAAGAAAUUCAGCGAGAGCAUGCUUCGUAACCAGAUCCGCCACAUGAAGUUUGGAAACUUCCCGCUGUACAACAAGCCGUCCACUCCAGUCCCAUCCUUGGAGGGGAAGACAGAGGCAGGAGGCUCCCAGGGUGCCUCUUGUGGGCUCAUGGGCUCUUCUGCCUAUGAUGCCCGCAGUUCGAGCUCCUCUGACUGCCCCUCACCAGCUCCACACUCCUCAUCGGAUCCAGAUGAUUCCCCACCAAAGCUGCUUCCUGAGACACUAAGCCCAGCCAUUCCUGACUGGCGUGAAUCGGAAGUCCUUGAUCUAUCAAUUCCACCAGAAUCGGCAGCCACCAGCAAGCGUUCUCCUUCCGGAGGAGGGGGUCAGAUGCCAUCAUCUCCAUCCUCUUCUGACCCAGAGCAGGAGGCUGGGGAUUGGCGCCCUGAAAUGUCUCCCUGCUCUAAUGUGGUGGUCACUGAUGUCACCAGCAACCUUCUGACGGUCACCAUCAAGGAAUUCUGCAAUGCAGAGGAUUUUGAAAAGGUGGCAGCAGCUGGAGGUGGUGGUGGAGGCAGCAAAUGAGAGGCUGCCUUCUUCCUUCAGCGCAGUUGGGGGGAGGGGGAAGGGACAGGGAGGCUCUACUGCAAGAUCAUGCAUGGUGUGAAUGCCUGUUUUCUUCUCUCUCCUCCUUAUCCAUUCUUUCUCUCUUUGCUUGGAAAUUAAGAUGGUAGUAGAGGAAUGGGAAUGGAUGUGUUUGAAGUUUCCAAAUGUCACAGCUGCUAGGGGUUAUGGUGGGGCAUGAGUUUCCCUUUUGUCUUCAAGGGUUAUGUUGCGCUGAUUUGGACCUGGUGAAUAAGAACUUGGGUGAAUGGGUUCGUAUCUUUAAGAGGGGAAGGAUUUGCUUUUCCAUCCUCUUUAAUGAAACAGAGACCCUUUGGUCAACACAGGCAGAGUCUGCAUUCCUGUUUUCCAACUCUCUACACCUCUGUACCCAUCACCUUGCUCUUAUAUCUGUAGCUUUGGUGAGAUUGUAUUGACUAUACCCUAGGAAGAAGCAGCUUUUUAAGGGGAAGGGAGGUUGGAGAGUAGAUCACUAUGAUUAGGUGGGGGCUGCUACAGAACAUCUGGGGAAACUUAUGUGCCCUAAAUUUUCAUUCUGCUGCUGGGCACUCUUCCUCCUUGCAUAUGCCAAAAGUGCUAACUUGGUAAUUGUGGUAGCCCUUGGAGUCAGCCUGGGCACAUUCUAUCACUUCCAUCUGUCUUGAACCAUUUCUCAGUCCUGGUUCUAAGACACCCUGCACAUUUUUUUUGUGGCGGGCCAAACUAGAGUUUCUUCAGCCUUCUUAAGUUGUCAGUCUUGUGCCCUGCUCCUUCCUCUUCUUAAAGUCUGAGGCAUGUGUGUCUCCUUCCUGAAACCUGCUACGAUGAAAAGGAGAGGAGCCACACAUCCAUCUUCCAAUGUAGGAGGGAUGGAAGAGUUGUGCAGUGAGAGUGAGCCCUGUUCUUAUUAACUUAACUCCAUCAUCCUUCCAGUGAGGUGGGUAGGAGGAGGGCCUGCUUGUUACACAUUUCCCCAUCUGCAUCUCUCUCUAAGUGAGUGAGAUGGAAGAACAUUCGCAUCUACAAUUCCUAGGAUCUCAAACUGCCUCUACAGUUGCCAACCAAAGGUGCUAAGAACCUAUUGUAAAAUCUUACUGUGUGUCUCUUGGAUCUUUGUGUGUGUGUGUGUGUGUGUGGAGUGCAUGUGCAGUGUGUGUUUGCCUCUCCCUCCCAUCCACCUGCCAACAACAUGCUGUUUUCAUGAAUUCAUUCUGACUGAAACCUUUACAGCCUGUCUUGGAAGGAGGUAAAAAUGUGGCUUCUUUGGCUAUCUCCUCACCAUCCCGCAUAAUGGGUUAAUAACCAUGAGCUCAUAUAUUUGUGUCCAAGGUUCACUGCAGAAGUAAAACAAUUUCUGUAAAGUUCUGCUCUGUGUUUCUUCUGCCAUCUUACGUUCUAGCCCUGUUGCAAGUUUCUCUUUCCCCUCCUGGGUGCCUCUGUUUUGUUACCAGUGGCAUGUGUGCGUGCAAGUGUUGCCUGUCAUACUAUUUGUAAUCUUUGUUACAUUGUUUUUUUGGGGGGAAGGGGUGUGUGUGUGUGAGGUAGUAAUAUUUCUCAAGGGCUUGUCUGCAUGCUAUGCUGUCACUGAAAUAACUGCAUUCAGUUCUUAAUGGCAUCUCUCUUCCCUGUAUUCCUGUGUGAACUUUCUUUUUUUCAAGGGCUUGCUUAGUUGUUUUAUUCACUUUUACAUUGAGUUAAUUAUUUAUCAAUACAUAUAAAGACUGGUGCUGCAAAAAUUGUGGCAUUUUAGCUCAUCGGUAUCUCACAUCAGGAAGGACUUCAGACCUUUUUAAGCUGUCUCACCUUUUCCUCAUUGACUUUGCAAAGUUCCACUUGGCUAUAUCUGUGUUUAAAAAGAAGCCUGGACUUUGCCAAGUACAGGAUUGAGAGAUGGUGUGUUGUGAUACCUUAUUAAUAAUCUUAAAUAUGAGUGUCUAUAUAUAGAGAUGCCUACCAUAAGCAAAUUGUAUAAUGUUAAACAGUGUGAUUGUCUGUGACAGUUUGAGUGUAGUCAGUACCUAAAUUCAAAAUGUUGGUUUUCCUUUAUCCUGUCAUAUAACACCUUUUGUGUCUUUUAAAAUUAUUUCAAAACAAGUGAAAUCUACAUGGUGUGCAGGCUUAAGUUCCUCCACACUCCUUCCACUAAUGUGUAAGUCUAAGGCUUCUUGUAAUUCCACAGGCGCAUGCUUUGAAAUAGCUGUUUGUUGUUUUUCAUGAGUUCAGUGAGACAGGCUGUAUCAUUGCUUUGCCUCAAAGGAAGCGUGGAGGUUUUUUUUAUGGGAGUUUAUUUUAAUGGCUGUAGCUUCAAAGGUGGGUGGGUUGGGUUGUGGGGUAGAGAUGUAUAAUGGGAGAUGAAGCAGGGAGACUUGUAUUAAAGAGAAGACUUUAAAGGAGAGGAAAAAAUGAAAUAUUUUAUGAAGCUGCAAGAGAGGAACUAUUAUACUGGGUGGGGGUGCAUACUAGUCAAUCGUGUUUUGAGAUUGCUUGGUAUGUUUGUGUGGUGUAUGGUUUUGAAGUUUGUCUAAUAUUUGAAAAAAGUAAAUGGACAAUAUAAAAGGGAAUUUUAAUAGGAAACUCUUCAAAUAUUUUAACACGUGUUCUUGGCAGAUUCCCGCCCCCCCUUCCCUAGAGUCUCUUGUCACUUUGGUUUCUCUGUGUUUCAAAAGAGUAGGACAUUCACCUUUCUUGGAGGUGUUGGGAGCUGUUGUCUGUUAGAAGCUGACUGAUUUCAUGUAUGGUACCUCCAAUGGCAUCAGGUUGGCUCCCCCCCCCAAACAACUUGUCAGUAGUGAAAGGAGGGUGGGGAUCAACAAUAGCUUUGGAAUUUGUUCCAGAAAAAAAGGUCCCAGACUAGAAAUGGUCUGGUGGGAGGGCAGAUUUGCAUGAUAUGUUAAACACAGUUUUUAAUUUCUCCUUCAUGACUCUCAAAGCAGUGGGAUGAGGGGACACACCUGUUUGAAGGCAGUGGAAUAAACCCUUGCCCAGAGGGUGAAUUUAGCUAUUAUUAUUAGAAUAACAUUUAUAUCCCACUACUUACUGCAUCCCACAUCCCUAGUCUGUGAUCCCAACAUGGCACUUGUGGUUCUCCCUCUCGUCUUCACAAUGACCCUGUGAGGUAGGUUAGACUGAGAGAUAGCGACUGGUCCAAGCUCACCUAGUGAGCUUCAUGAUUGAGUGGUAAUUUGAACCCUGGUCUCCCAGAUCCACUGCAACAUGCAAACCUCUACACCGUAUUGGUUCACGGGGCUGUGUUGAAAGUGUGUCUUCAGAUGUCUACUUUCUCCACAGAUUAGUUAGCGUGGCACUUGAUAAACAAAUGGGAAUUAAUCUUUCUGAUAACAUGUGAAGUAGCUUUAGUAUGAAAGUGGGAUGCCGCCUGGCACUCAUGUCACAAGCUUCUGUUUCCUGAAUACAGAUACCAGCUACUCUUGUGCCAUGGUGCCAACACACGGGAUGCAUCCAGCACCAUAAUUUUGGUGCAGUGAUGGCUGAUGAGGUGGUACCAUACUGAUUCUUCUAGUCUACUUAGAACAGCAGCUAUUGGACUGGAAUUAAGAACAUAAGAGCCUGUUGGAUCAGUCCAGUUGAUGCCUUUGAGAAGUGUGAAAGCAGGACCAGAGCACAGCAGCUCUCCUCCCACUUGUGAUUCCCAGCAAUUGCCAUUCAGAGGCAUACUGCCUCUGACAGUGGAGGGAGAACACAGUCAUCAUGCAUAGUCACCACUGAUAGCCUUAUUCUCCAUAGAUUUGUCUAAUCCUCUUUCCAAGAUGGUGGCCAUCAAAAGGAUUAGCAGUCCCUGUCUGUCUCAUAGUUGAGUUGAGCUGGGUGAGUUACUACUGAUGCUCUAAAACUACAUGACUAAAAGUACUUUAAAGGCCAUUCCCUUGAGGAGGCAGGUGACAAGCAAAGCCUUGGCAGAUAGGUGAUUGUGAAACCAAUUGGAUGGAGCAGGGUUUAGUUGACUGCAUCAGUGGUAUCUUCUCCAUCUCCAUGCAGUAUGAUGACUCUUGUUGGGAUCAGAGGCUAGGGAUAUGGAUUGUGGUAAGUAGCCCACAGAUGCAUGAGUCACUCCACUUGUGCAGUACCAGGAGUCGCUCUGAUGCAAAGAUAAGCCUUCUGUUUUGGCUAGCAUUUUGACCACUUCUUUGGCAUUAGCAACCACAGCUCCUAACCAACAUCCCUAGGGAGUUCUAUGCUGCUAAGAUUUUACCAACCUGGUAGCUCAUUUGCUUGAACAUUCCCCCUCCAUCUCUAGAAAGAACCAUCACUCUUGAAGGGGGAGGGUCAGAUGCAGGUAAUGCUGGAAUGUAGGGUUGCUUGGUUUUGCCUUGAAAUUUUCCCUUUUACAGUAUUUGGCACACAACCUCCAAAAGCAGAUUGUGUUCAUCUUUCCUGUUAAGUGGCAAACCUUGUACCUGACACAUUCUAGCCACCAGAUGGUGACAGAGGGCUACUGUUAACUGCUUCAUGAUUUGGGCUGUCUUUUGCCUUGAAUCAUUGUGAAUUUUAAUGUAAUAGAGGAUAGGAUACAUCCUGUAUUCUUUUGCGUCUGUGCCAUGUUUGUUGUACUUCUUGUUCUUAGAGAGGAGAGUUUGAAUGGGGGGAGGGGAGGGAGAAAGAAACUAGUUUUGCAAAAAAAGAAAAGAAAAAAGGUUUUUUUAAAGGUAAUGAGAUUUUUACAGACAGAAGGAUAGAGAAUUUAAAAAUAUUAAAUGCAGUGAUUGCACAAACUGUAGUGAUUUUAGCUGGUCCUUAAAGAAAAGAGUAUUUUUAGUAUUUGUGUGUGGUAGGGAGGGUGGUGUUCAGGCCAUUCAAAUUGGGCAAGGGAAGAGCAAAAAGUAACAGUGUCUGAGUUGAGAAAGCAAGUCCUUAAAAACCUAUUUUCUCUUCCCUCUACUUUCUUUUACUUGGGGCGAAGGGAGGAAGAAUGCCUCCCAUCUUUCCUUCCUUUCUGGAUAUGAUUGAUCCAGAAUUCAGCCUGGUUCUGGCAAAGCUUUGUCAGAAGGGCUAUGUGGCAUGUUAUCCACUUGCAGAUUAACAGUUUAGGCAUCAAUAUGACCUACUGAGGUGAGAGCUAUUUGAUGAAGUGGGACAUGUUGCUGCUUUGUGGUUGUUCAGUAAGUAAAAGUAUCUAAGAUACCAGGCAAGCAGGAAAUAUGUGUUUUAGCUGUGAACCAAACAAACUAUUAGAAGCUGGCAAAACUUUCCUCAUAAUAGGUCAACCUCAAUGUAUACUGGGUUUCAUAACAAAGAAUUCCUUCUAAUUAAUCUAAUUCACUUUACAUCUUCCAGGUACAUUUUACCAAGAUGUUCUCAAGUGGGUAACAGCCUUGAUAUGUGAGGAAAAAGUGAUUAGGACCUUCGUGAGGAUAGCAAACACCAAACUAAUGAUGGCAGCUUGGGUUGCAGUGAUUGCUUUCAUUCUGAGCCCUGAGGGAAAGCAAGGUGAAAGGAGCAAGUAUGUGAUCAAGAUUUUAGCAAAAGAGACAUCAUGGAAGGGGAGAUUCCAUUAAAAGGGGGAGUGUUGGUUGGGUGUGAAGAUUGUCCCCAGAAUUUAUGUGGCACUGACUGGUGGAGAAUGGGCUGGCACUUUCCCUCCUGUUCCAAAGUGUCCAGAUUGGCUUUUUUUCCAUGAGUGCCAAUGCAAAAUCUGUAGAAGAGACCACCCGUCGUCCACUUCAGUAUCAAUUUUCAGACAGCAGAGGAAUAGUCUCCUGGUGUUUAUAGGAUACACCCUAAGACAAGAAGGAUGAAGUGUGACAGUUUUUGUUGGAGGAAGACUGUCCUGCUACUUGAGCAGUAUAUUUCUUUGUGGAAGUAGCUUUCAUGUUUAUCUGUUGCUUGCAAAAUUACACCUUUGCUUCUGUGCUCUUAAUUGUUCACUUCUUGUAGUUAGCAGCAAAGCAUAGUUGAAAUGGAAGUUUGGAAUCUGUUUAGGAAAAAGUAUUAUAUCUCCCAGAAAGCUAAAUCUUUCCUGCUAGGUUGUCCAGCUUUCUGUAUUGUGCAGAGAACUCAUUUUUUAUCCACUCACUAUUAUCUCUUUUUCUCAUCUGUUACCAACCAGUUGAACUGUGAUAUCCUUCCUCAGGGGGACUUGAGUCCCAUGUCUCUGUAUGUGCUAACCUAUAUGUGAUAAUUGGUUAUCAAUAGGCUAUGGGUGCAUGCAACGGGCAGUGAUAGGGAAAUUCUGAGAACAAUACGCUGGUCCUGUGAUUCCUGGUGAGCUGCUGAAAUACAGUGUCUCCCGUCUCAGGAGAAUUCCCCUCUUUGCUCAAUAACUUAGUACCCAUUUUGGCCACGGAGAACUACCUGCAAUCCUACCUCCAUUAUAAAAUGGGUGCUAUCUGAGCUGAGUCUUCCUGGUUAAUAAGCACCCAUGUUCCCCCCCUCUUGUGCGUAGGGGAGGUUUAGUUGCUUUGCAACAUUAUUUCUUGUCCACCAUCCAUGGAAGCUGCAGUUGUGUGAGUGAACAACAUUUUGGGUAACUGAGAUGGAGCAGAAAAUCAGGAAAAGGCAUCCCCGCCCCCCCCGCCCCCGUGCCAGAUAAUUAGGAGAGGCCCUUGGUCUCAGGAGGUAUAAGAUUCCAAGUGGGCCUUUGGUAAGGAAAUGUAAUAGGCCUGGAAUGGAUUUCACACUUAGUGCUCAGAGUCCUUCUGUUAUGAACCAUCAUGUUGCUAUUCCCCCUCCCCCCUUGCCUCUUCCCUUGAGGCUUUGCACUGUUUUGCCUGGUGCAUCCUGUGCUCCAGUGUUGCUUGCUUUGCUGCUUUUUUGACUGUCCACUAGUGGUGCAAGAGCUGGGAUCUUAUUUUCUUAUUACUGAAGUGUGUGUGUGUGUGUGUGUGUGUGUGUGUGUGUGUGUGUAAGUAAAAUCCUCCACUUAACCCACCACAGUGCUUUGUGUUAUGCAAAGCCAGCAUGGGCCAGUAGCAUGACCAUAAGGCUGAGAACUAGGAAUGUCUGAAUGCUGUGAUCUGCAAGCCACUUGGCUUCCAAAGUAUGUACUGAAGGAGGCUGUUCUUAUGAAAGCUGCUCCCAGCACUUAUGAACAGCCCUAAUUGUAUUUAGUAUUUUCCCCAUAAAAUGUUUAGCUUUCACCCAAGUCAGGUUUUGCACAGCCACGAAAGAGGAGCCUGGUGUUGGAAUAUUCUUCUUCCAUGUAUGGCUUCCUUUCUCAGUUAAUGCAACAGCAACACCCUGAUUGCCUCGCAGUCUCUCCUGCCCUACUUGAGAGGUUUACUGAGAGGUUUCUUGAGAUUGAAGUGUCAGGGUUACUUAUGUAUGGCAUAUGAACAACAUCUGAAGCCACCUUUGUCCCAUUUAGUUCUUAUUGAUCCAACCAACCCAAUGCUGGUUGAUGGGCAGUGGCACUCCAAUAUCUUAAACAUUUCAGACAGAGAUUUUUCCCCCAGCCCCUUUUUAAUGAGGGGCGUUAGAGAUUCAAUGUGGCCCCUUAUUGUUUUCAAAAUAUGUGGUUUAACACUGAGUUAAGAGCUUCCCCCAAUGUCAUUGUUAUGCCCUUUGUGCCAGUUCCAUGUUUUCCUGAACGAUUAAUUGUGCCAUCUAUUUCAUUUCUCUUUUACUCCAGUCUCAGCCAAAAGAUUUUCCUUGAAACAGAAAGGUGGCGUGACACUGAAAUUCAUCUGUGCAUUUGGAUGUGCCAUUGCCACAGAUCAUAGGACCAAGGCUGUGUGUAGAUUGUUCAAGUGUAGAAUUUAGCUUCGGCUCUGGAAUUCAGCAUCUUGUAUGGGAUUGGGAUUUGAAAUUCAGCUUCGUAAGAAACUGCAUUCUUUAUCCUUU